AUGUCGUUUGAUGUAGGUACGAGGUGUUGGUACCCAAGUAAAGAUCAUGGUUGGGUAGCUGCCCAAGUGACAAAUGUGUCACAAAACGAUGGAGUAUACCAUCUAAAAUUAAAACUGGAAGGAACAGAGCAGUUGAUAGAAAUAGAAACCCAACAAUCACCAUCUGAUCUGGAAAGAUUAUCUAGUAUAGAUACUAUAUCGACUAUAAAGAAUGGAUCACUACCACCACAACAAGAAGAAUUACCCGUAUUAAGGAAUCCGUCGAUGCUUGAAAGUACUCACGACUUGACCUCCCUUUCUUAUUUAAAUGAACCUGCCGUCUUACACGCCAUUAAGAGUCGAUAUUCGGAAGGAAAUAUUUAUACUUAUUCAGGUAUUGUGUUGAUUGCAACUAAUCCAUUCGACAAAGUUGACGAAUUAUAUUCACAAGAGAUGAUAUUGAAAUAUGCAAGGACCAAACAUAGGGAUCAGUUAGAACCUCAUAUUUUCGCCAUUGCAGGAGAAGCUUAUACACGUAUGAUCAAUGAUGGAGAAAAUCAAACUAUUGUUGUCAGUGGUGAGUCUGGUGCAGGGAAGACUGUGUCUGCAAAAUAUAUAAUGAGAUAUUUUGCAUGUAUCGAACCUCAGAUAUCCCAUGAUGGAUUGGCUAGAGAACAAUCUAGUAUGACUGAGAUUGAGGAGAAGAUUUUAGCUACAAAUCCUAUCCUUGAGGCAUUUGGUAACGCUAAAACCACCAGAAAUGAUAAUUCUUCAAGGUUCGGUAAGUACCUUGAGAUUAUGUUUAGUGAAGAAUCUAGGAUUGUAGGUGCUAAAAUUAGAACUUACCUUUUAGAAAGAUCAAGAUUGGUGUUCCAACAAGAAUCUGAACGUAACUAUCAUAUUUUUUAUCAAAUGAUGGCAGGUCUUGAUUCGGAGACAAAGACUAGGUGGCAACUAUCUGAUGUCAAAGACUUCCACUAUAUGAAUCAGGGUUCUAAUGGGAAUGACUAUUCUAUAAAGGGUGUCGAUGAUAAAGUAGAUUUUCAAAAUACAAAGGAAGCAUUAGAGAAAAUUGGUAUAACGACUGAGAUGCAAACUGAUAUAUUCCAAAUAUUGGCCGCUCUAUUACAUAUUGGUAAUAUCAAAAUUACCAAGACAAGAAACGAUGCAACUUUGUCCUCAGAUGAAUCCAAUUUGAGUAUUGCCUGUCAGUUGCUAGGUAUCGAUAAUGUAGGUUUUGCUAAAUGGAUUAUCAAGAAACAAAUUAAUACACGUUCAGAAAAAAUUGUCUCAAAUUUAAAUUACUCACAAGCAAUCGUCACAAAGGAUUCUGUGGCUAAAUUUAUAUAUUCUGCAUUAUUUGAUAUGAUUGUCCAUAGGAUCAAUAUUACAUUAAGAAAUGGAAAUGGUGAAUCAGUUAAUGAGACUGUGAAAUCUUUUAUCGGUGUCCUAGACAUUUAUGGUUUUGAACAUUUCGAAAGGAAUUCUUUUGAACAAUUCUGUAUCAAUUAUGCUAAUGAAAAGCUACAACAAGAAUUCAAUCAGCAUGUAUUCAAAUUAGAACAAGAAGAGUACGUUCGUGAAAAAAUUGAGUGGUCAUUUAUUGAUUUUAAUGAUAACCAACCUUGCAUAGAUUUAAUUGAAAACAAACUCGGCAUUUUAUCCUUAUUAGAUGAAGAAUCUAGAUUACCUGCUGGUUCAGAUGAGACUUGGGCAGAAAAGUUGUAUCAAUGUUUAGAUAAACCUCCUACCAAUUCGGUCUUUAACAAACCACGAUUUGGUCAAACAAAAUUUGUCGUUCGUCACUAUGCUAACGAUGUCACAUACGAUGUCGAAGGGUUUAUAGAAAAAAAUAGAGAUACUGUGUCUGAUGGUCAAUUCGAAGUCUUACAGAAGACAACAAACAAUUCACUAAAGUUAAUCCUGGACCACUUGGUACAAAAACAAGAACAAAUAGCAGAACAAAAACAGGAAGAAGACAAAAUGCCAGGUGCUAUAUUUAGAAGGAAUACAAAGAAGAAACCAACAUUGGGAUCCAUGUUCAAGGCCUCUUUAGUAGAAUUAAUGAAAACAAUUGAAUCAACAAACGUUCAUUAUAUCAGAUGUAUCAAACCAAAUACGGAAAAGAAUGCAUGGGGCUUUGAUAAUUUACUAGUUCUGUCCCAAUUAAGAGCAUGCGGUAUUUUGGAGACAAUUAGAAUAUCUUGUGCUGGGUUUCCAUCCAGAUGGACCUUUAUGGAUUUUAUUGAAAGAUUUUAUAUACUUUCUUCUAUCGAGAAAUGGCUUCCAAUAACGAGUGAUGAAUCCGUUAACGAUGAAAGUAAGAUUACAUUUUCCAAAGAUUUACUAAAGGAAUUGAUAGAUGACGAAAUGAAUUACCAAGUUGGUACUACUAAAGUUUUCUUCAAAGCAGGAAUAUUGGCUCGUUUAGAAAAUGCAAGAACAAGAAAACUUGCUAAGGUCUGUACAGUGAUCCAAAAGAACAUUAGAGGAUUAAAUUGCAGAAGGGAUUAUUUAAAUACUGUAAAAUCUAUCAAUUAUUCUCAAGCUUGCGCAAGAGGUAAAAUAGUACGUGAUUUUGUUGACUUUGAGUUGAAGACUAGAGCCUCUAUCCUGAUUCAAUCUACCCUCAGAGGACGUAGACAAUUUCACUAUUACAUUAAUGUUUUGCAGAGUACCUUAAGGGUACAAUCGUCAGUGAGACAAAAAUUGGCAAAAUUAAAGGUUGAACAGAUUAGACAAGAACAAGCAAUUACAAAAAUACAAACCAAGAUCAGGUCAACAAUGACUCAAAGAUAUCACAUGUGUUUGAAGAAAAGUACGUUGACUAUACAGUGCCACAUUAGAAAAGCUCUUGCCCAAAAUAAGUUGACUAUUUUGAAACAGCAAUACAAUUCUACUAACUCUGAACAAACUAAAAUGGAAAGAGCCUUUACCGCAUUAAUGGAGAAGGUUCAUUUUGCAUUGAAACACGAUAGUGAACUAAUCAACCUUCUAACUGGAUAUGAAAAGAAUGGCUUAAAGGAUUUACUAACUUCGAUCCCUGAUUAUGAACAAACGAAUGAAGAUCUUGCAAUAAAAAACAAGGAAUUAGACGCUCAAGUAAUUAAGAUCCAAUCCUUAGUGACAGGAUACACCAAUUGGAAGGAAACGUUAAUGCAAGAAAUCAAACAAUUUAAACAACAAACUAGUUCUUGUACUGAAAAUUCCAACUUGAAUAAACAAUUAAACCAAAUGACUAAAGAAAUCGAUAACUUAAAAACUGUGUUAACUAAGGGGAACGCUUCGAGUAAGAGCCCAAAGAGAGAAGUUAUUGGCUUAGGAAUUGCAUCUCCUAUCGCCAAUUCUCCAAAGAUUGGAUUUAACGAAUUACAUGACUUAAGUACGAUGCUAAAUGAUUUGAAUAUUGUCAACCAGGAAAUCAGAAUCAUUCUACAGAACAUAGGUGAUCUUGUUCGUGACGAUGACGAAAUUUCGAAGUCACCAAUCCUAGCCAAUAUUACAAAUUCUGUCCUGGAAUCAUAUUUCAAAAUAGGAAAAUAUAAUGAUGCCAUCUCUUUUGUCAAAGAGAAUGUAAGUUCUAUAUUCGAAGUCUAUUCAACUUUUAGAAGGGAUGAUUUGGUAUCUUACGGUAUGUUUUGGGUCUCUAACAUUUAUCAUAUUUACGUAAACCUGACCUCCAUUAAACAAAAUGAAAACGGCAACAGAGCUAUGGCCAUCCACAAAAUAGAAGCCGAAUACAAGACUUUAUUGUCUCAUUGUUUUGAUAUCUGGUUAAAGAGAGUUAUGCAAGUGUUAGGCCACCAGUUCAUGCUAUCCAGAACUCUCCUCGGAUCUCCAUCGGUAACCGUAAACCAAGACACCCAAGGUGAGGGUGACAAGAAUCUUACCAAGAUAAUUGAUUAUUUGGAAAACAUUCGCAAGAAUAUCAACACGGGUGGCCUUCCUCAAGAAGUGGCUAGCACGAUAAUCUCCAACAUUUUAUCAUGUAUUGAUUAUACUUGUUUCAAUGACCUAUUGAACAAAUUCCAUAAUCUUUCCUGGAAAACCGGUGUAAGAAUAGAUCAAAAUAUCAAUGAAAUUAUUGAAUGGCGCGAAGCACAUCCCAUCCUUGGCGUUGUUGAAAAUGAGCCAUUGCCUUUGUUAAAACAAAUCUCUAAAUUAUUACAAUUAAGAAUUUCCAGUGUAUAUGACAUUAACUUCGUCAUCGAAGUUUGCCAUUCUCUAAAUGUCACACAAAUCCAAACUAUCUUAAAGAAAUACAAACCAACAGAAUAUGAGCCACAUAUGUCUUCUGAUGUUUUGAACUAUCUUUCUAACCUUAUUAAGAAAAUUGGAAGAGCUAAGGAAACCGUAACUUUCUCUGAGGAUACCAAGACACUACCAGAUCCCUUUAAAGUAUUCAAAGAGUUAUCUGUUCCACCCUCUCCUGUGGCUGCACAUGCUCUCUUCGAGAUCAUUGAUUUAGCCAAAGUUACUCCUGUCGUUCAUAAGAUUAUUACUAUUGCACAAUAA